GUCAAACGAGUCGUCAGCUGGAGCCGCCGCCGGUGGCCGCCCCGCGUUUCCACAGCUUGACCCGCUUCAGGUGAGCCCGUUCAAAGCCAGAGGAGUCAAACUACCCUCCAGUGCAGCUUCACCUUCUCCUCAAAGGCACCAUUUCACAGCGGAAGCAGACCUGGCAGGUUUAGAAGUUCUUGCCGUAAUGAGCUUAAAGAUAAGGAAGGGUCGAAAAUGGAGGAAAAAAGUAGAAGUGUCAGGCCUGAGCAGCACCCACCAGCCUGAGAGCAUAAAUGACAUGCAUGAAAUCCGUGAAGACACCGACGGCAGCCAGGGGUGCUCGUCCUCGGUUUAUGUAGAUAAGCUCCAGUCGACCCAGACACGCAGCAGCGACAGUGAUGGCUCCCCCGCUUCCAAAGAAACUGUGAGCUCCAGGGACCAUCUCUUUGAGGACGAAUGCCCGGGUUUGGAUGCUGUGAUCCGUGAGAUCCAAGAGAUCAGAGAAACCCAAAGGACCUUCGAGAAAUUCCUGCAAACCAUGCAAACCAGAUAUCACCGAGACCACCUCAUGAUCCUGCAGGCCAUAGAAGAAGAAAAAUCGAGGUGGGAUGUUUUGGAGCAGGAACUCGCUGACCUGACUGAGCUUUAUCAGAGGGAAGCAUCGAACCUGAAAGAGGAGAUAACCAGCACCCAGGAGAUGAUUGACUUCCAGUCUCAUGACAGAACACAGGAGUUUUCUGAGGCGCUGGAGACGUAUCAGAGCCACCUCCUGAAGCUGGAGCUGACGCAGCAACAACAGGUGGACACCAACAGACCCAACGACACCGUAGCACAGAUAGUGCUGGGAAAAGUUAUCAAAGGGCUGCUUGUUGUCAUGUCGACUCUCUUGGUGUUUGUGUGCUCCAUGAAUCGUGCUGUCUUGUUUUUUAAAUCCUCCAGCCACAUUCUCAGUGCUCUGCUCUUAGCAGUCCUUCUCUUCCUCGUCAUAAAGUACUGGAAUAAUUUUCCAGAGCUUCACCUCGCAUUCAAUGCACUUGGAUCUCCCUGAGGCGGUUAAAGAGGCAUCAACAAGAUGCAGUCUGAGACAAAUUAAACAGUAUGUCUUGAUCCAUGUCCACUUUCUACCUGAAUAAAAGUUCAUCACAACAUUUAACUUGGAUUUAC